GCAACUCUGUUUUUGUUUACUUCUCAGCACGUGCAUCGCAAUGACAAGCUGCUGUCAAACCACUGAAAAUGACAGCAGAUGGCGUGAAAGUCUCGUUUCCAUUCGCAACAAGCAACAAUAAACAAUUUGACUUUGAUGCAUAAACAAAAGAAAUGGUUUUUGCAUUGAAUGCAUGAGAUUAGGAAUAUAUUUUGUUUUUAUUUAUUUUUUUAAAUUGUUUUCACCACAAAAUGGAUUGGGCCGAAGAUUUAAAGCAAACUAUUAAAAAGACGGUGAAAAAAGGUCGACGAGCCACUGAGGCAAGUCUUGCAAGCAGUGAUGGCCCAUCAACACCAGAAUAUGACUCAAAUUUUCAGGAGAAUGCACUUUCCGAUGAAUUUUCGUCAGGACUGGAUUUUAAAUCGUUUCCAGGGAAACAAAAACAUCGAAGUGGAUGGACUGAUGAACCAGUUCGAUCGGGCAGCAGUGGAAAAAAUAGAAAUAAGUCGACACAAAGUGAGAUGGAACGAUUUAGCACAGUGUUAGCUACAUCACCGCCGUCCGAUGACAUUCCGGAAUUACCCGAUUUGGAUGAUGUGAUCGACGAAGCCGCCAUAAAUGAUGCGAAAGAAGUCGAAGCCCUCGCUGCAAAUCGUGUGGAAACAUAUAAAGAACUAAAUUUUGAACUAUUGAAGUAUUCCGAAUUUGCUUCAUCGGAAAACAUUGAUCUGUCAAAGCUAAUGCAUUGCUUACAAGACGAAAAUGUUCUAUCCGAUCACGAUGUGCCGUUGACCAAAGAGCAAUUGUUCAGUGAAGUUGCGUCGUUUAUUCAUUCGCGUAAACCGAAAAGUGCGGAAGAGAAUGUUAAAGCCGCCGAAUAGGAAAUAGAAAUUCCAUGAAAAGUAUCUCAAUGCCGUCCACUAAAAGUCUUUAUUUUAUAUAAUUACAUUCGCUUACACUUCAAUGUAUUAAAUUCUAAUGAACAAUUGAAAAUACACUCACAGACACAAUAAAUAUAACAAAAGUAUCAAA